AAGGAAGAGAUUAAAUUUGACCCAAAAUCGUCUGCUUUUCAAAUGUGGUCAUGACCGGUUGCAAACUUAUGAAAAUCCUCCCGUCCUGUCUGUCCUUUGUCCUGAAAAGAAAGAAAGUAUUGCAUUUAAACAGAAAUUUUGGAAGAAAAAUGACAGAUGGGAGCAAUCAUUUGGAGAGAACUGCAGAAAGUGGAAGAAAUAAUAUAACCUCCUUGGCAACAGUCAUAGGAUUGAGACAAGAGUCAACAACAGUAAAAAGUCUAAGGUUAAAAAUUCAUGAUGAAAGGCUAACUUUCAAGGCAGGACAGUGGGUUGAUAUGUUCAUGCCUGAGGUUGACAUUGUUGGUGGUUUUUCCAUGUAUUCAUCACCAGAACAGUUACAGAGAGAGGGUACUAUUGAUUUAGCUGUAAAAUACAGUAAACAUCCACCAGCAUUAUGGGUACAUUCAAAGUGUUAUGAAGGUACCAAAGUAUAUCUAAGAGUUGGUGGGGAUAUUUAUUAUGACCCUAGUGUGUCAGAGUCACCCCAUGAUCUCUUGCUGAUAGCUGGUGGCAUUGGUAUCAAUCCCCUUUUAAGUAUAUUGUACCAUGUCAGAGAUUUGAUAUCCUUAAAGGAAAAAGGAAACCUUGAAGGUGACAAAUUAAUACCACAGAAAGUUUUAUUAUUGUACAGUGCAGCUAAACAAGAGGAACUUAUUUGUAAGAAUGAGAUAGAACAGAUUGUAUCUGUAAACGAUAAGAUCAAAUGUAAUUUUUUUGUAACUCAGGCAGAACCUAGUUAUGGUUUUAAGGGUGGAAGAAUUUGUAAAGAAGAUAUAAAAGAAUCAUUUAAUUGGUUGAAUGAACAUCAGACAAAAACUUAUAUAUGUGGACCACCACCAAUGAUAACAAAUAUGGAAAAACUUUUGAUAGAGCAAGGAUUAGACAAAAAAACAAUACUAUAUGAGCAGUGGUGGACUUCUGCUGACACAUAAUAACUGUCAAUUUAUAUACAUGAUUUUUGCUUUUACAUAAUUUAUGAAUAAAUAAUUAAGUUUCAA